AUGGAUUUACGGUUAUAUUUGUUAACUCGUCUUACUGGAUAUGCUUUGAAAGUAACAAUUGGUAAUCCAGGAAAGCUUUUCACUGUUUUGCUUAAGUCGGGCAAUUCUGUAUUUUGGGUUGCUGACAGCGACUGUGCAUAUGCAUUCUGUGCAAAUAAACAAAAAUACAUACCAUCUCAGUCUACGACAAGUAAGGGAAGUACCUCCGAAAAGACGUUUUUCUUCGUGGGUUCUGAGGAAUCUGUAUUUGGAAUAAACUGGAACGAUGAUAUUAUUAUGGAGCGAAUGGAUGGACGAAAAGUGAAGUUUCCGAAUUCUAUUUUUGGAACGCCAACAUAUGUGUCAUGGUUUUCAUGGAGGGAAUAUGAAAAAAUAGACGGAGCUUUUGGUAUCACAUUUCCUGAUAUCAACAAUACUUUCAAUGAUAAUCCAAUUAAAGAAGCUAUUCGCAAUAAUAUCAUCCCUGCGAUAAUUACAGUUGCUUUGCCACCACAAAGAUCCAAUGCUUUUGGUUCAUUAACCCUUGGUGAAAUUGACAAAAACCUAUGUAUUGAGAAGGAACAGAUUCCUGAAAUGGUUUCCGGAAACCGACUUACUUUCAGAUAUUUAUCACUUUCCAUGGGUAUAGUAACAUUUUCUAGUUCAUUCAAAACAGCAACUGCUUAUAUACAUACAACUAAAGCAUACAUCAACGUUCCAGAAGAAUUAAUGCAAGAUAUUGUACAGUAUACGAAUGCACAGAUGAAUGAAAGCACUCAAAAUUAUAUGGUAAAUUGCAAUGAAUUAUUUGAACCACUUGAAAUCACUACUACACACAAUACUUACAGUAUUCAGCCUGAGAAUUUCAUCUACAAACAAAAUAGAUUUGAUAAGCAAUGCGUUUUAGCGAUUAGAAGUGAAAAAAGUGCUUUCGACAGAGUAACAUUGGGGAUACCAUUUCUGAAUCAGUACUGCGCAGUGAUGGAACCCAAUGCUCAUCGCAUUACUUUCCUUCCAAUGACAACGAAUUUCAUGCAAAGAUUUGUCAACUCUGCAUAA